GCUCGCCCCUGCUGCCAGGGCCAUGCUGUGCAGCCAGACCCCCUGUGUCGUGGGCUUCGGGGGGGCAAGCCCUGGCUGCCCAGGCGGCAGCCUGGCGGCACUAGCUUGGCAGGGUGGAGUCACACCCUAGAGAAGCAGGCGGGGGGACAACCUGCUCCCUGCCGGAUUACUGGGGCUUGGCAGUGGGUUCGCUCCUGGAGUGGCUCAUGUCACAGCUGCCAGGGCCUGAGGGGCUUUAUCCAGGCUGGGAGCGCCGGGCUGGCGGGGAAAGGAGCCACAGGGGAGAGCCGGACAAGGGUCAGGCACAGAGCCAUUGGCCUGGCUGGGUGCCACCCGCAGGGGCUCACAUGCCACCGAGCGGGGGAUAGAGCGAGAUGGCAAUGUACAGGGAUCGGGUGUUGAAAUCCAGGCUCCCCCGGCCACGGGGCCAGCACUGGCGCCAGCGAGGGCUUAGCGGAGUUGCUGCUGCCAAGCACUCGAGAGCAGAGAGGACUUGGCUCCAGGCCCAGAGAGCAGGGGUGCGCCAGCCACGCCCGCACGGGACGGGGCCAGCUCAAGCCACCACCCAGCUCCCAGAGCCCCCUGCGCAGCUCUCCCUCACUCCCCCACGGCUCGCUGCAGCAGCGGGGCUGGGUCAAGAUGGGACAGCCGGGCAGAGCCAAAGGGACCGAACGCAGCAGCCUCCCACAGGGGAAAAUGAAAGUGGCUGCUCAGCCCGGGGUCAUCAAGACUGAAGAGAGGGAGGGAACUGGGCUGCCGGGGCCACUUUUGCUUUCCCUUCUCCUCAGCCCAGCUGGGAACGGGAUCGGCGACAGCACAGAGGUUCGGGGUGCGGCCGCAGGGACGCGACCCCUGUGCUGAUGAGAGAGCACCGGCUGCCCCAUGAGCUCUACCGUUGCUCUCCUGCUCCUCACCCAGCUCGGCUCCCUGCGGGGGCUCGGGUCAGACAAGCUGCCUGUGGAGCUGCCCGCGAUCUCGGAGGCUGUGCUGGGGGGCACGGCACUGCUGAACUGCACCUACCCGCCCGUGGCGGACCUGAUCCUGUACUGGACCCGGCUGGGGCUGGACAGCGAGAGGAACGUCUACACCUACUACCGAGGGAAACACCUGGCCUCAUAUGACGACCCGGCCUAUCAGGGCCGUGCCACUGUCCCAGCUGGGCAGCCCAGGCGCGGGGACGGGGCCCUCCGGCUACACAACGUGACGCUGGCUGACGAGGGCUGGUACCGGUGCCGGGUAAAGAGCAACCGCAGCAUGGGCAUAAGGGAGACGGAGCUUCGGCUCACAGGUCCCUAUCGUCUAUCCUGGCUCCAGCCCAAGCCCUGCUCCCCCUCCCUGCAGAAUGUGACACUGACAUGCCUCGCAGAGGGCGGCUACCCCCUCGCCACCGUCACCAUCCGCGACAGCACUGGCAGGGACUAUGGGGCCAGGACACUGGCGGCCAAGGACCCCCAGGGGCUGUAUAGCGCCGCCCACACGGCUGACGUGCCCUGCUCCCCCACUGCCAGCUACACCUGCAUCGUCAACACCACCUUCCACCAGCAGAACCGCACCGGGAUGCUUGGCCUGGAAGAGCCGCAGCCGGCAUGGAAGGGCUGGUCCGGCAUUGGUGUUGGCAUUGGUGUUGGCUUGGCGGUGGUAGUGCUGGUGAGCGGAGCACUCUGGGCUCGGCAGCAGAGGAGGAAGGGGCAGAAGCACCGGGAACCCCACCCCCCAAGGGAGGCAGACCCAGCCUGGGAAGAGGCCCUGUUGGAGGGCACCGUCCCCACCUGCACAAGGAGGGGGGACACACCAGACACCCUCCAGGAGCCACCCCCACCUAGCAAACGUCUCGCAACGCACUAGUCGGGUCACUGAGCUCUGCCCCACACCAAGCCCUGGUGUGACGAAGUGGGACUGUUCUUAAUGUUUCCUCUGAAUAUUGUACGGGUGCCUCAGUUUCUCCUAGGCAGUUCGUAAGUCUCUAGGGGGUGGGAUAUGGCAGGGGGUGUGAUGGUUGCAAAGGGCCAGGGUCCAUAAAUGGCCGACACUCUUGUCUCCUGGCCACGGAUGGCCUGGCCCCUUCCCCCCUGCAAGGUGAGAGCUAAAGGGUUGGAGAACAAAGGAAUCCGGUGCCCUGCUGGCCCGGGAAAGGGACAAAGCCCAGAGGAGGAGGGGCUGGAGGGAGUUUCAGUUUGGGGCUGGCUGGGACAUGGAGUGAAGGGCAGACGGGGUUGUCUGGCUCACUGCCCCCCCUCCCCCAAUGGACCCAGCUGAGGGGUCCUGUUCUCUGCACCUACCAGCUCUGUGUUAGACCAUGUUCCUGUCGUCUAAUAAACCU